AUGCCCGAGUGGCUAAGGAGGAUCAUGGACCAGUUGGAAGCAUUAUUUUUUGGGUAUGCAGCGGCGUUCCUCAAACAUCAGGGGGUCGAUUGUGCAAUGGAUGAGUGGCCAUUCAACAUUGCCGACGUUCCUCAGCAAGAAGGAAACCAUGAUUGCGGUGUCUUUGCAUGCCUUUACAUGGAGUUGUGGGCGGGUCACCUUCCAGUGGAAUAUAAAGCAAGUUGGCACAAGCAGCCACAUGUGCAGGAACAGCGAACACGGAUUGCAGCCAACCUGCUUUUAUGGGAGCAUAACCGCCGCAAAGAUGAAAUAGUUGAAGGUGCAAUAAAAUGGCAUGCGAAGAAGGAGAAGGAGAAAGGGAAAAGGAAGAGAAGGUGA